UGAAGUGUCGCGUCACACAAUACCAGGGUAAAUGUGUUAACGUGUACCACAUCGCGCUUGUUGCCUCGUUAAUAAGUAAAUGACGUUGAUGGCUCAACUUUCUGCGCUUUAGCAGAGAAAACAUAUUGAGGGAUGCCUGACAUAAAGUUACUCAAACUUCCUUCAAGUGAGGGAGCAUUCUUACAAGAUGGAAAUGUUUCAGCGCAGACAGUUUGCUCCAGCAGGCGACGCAGCUGUGCUCUGGUUAACACUCCCACACCAUGUGUGAGGAAAGCGGUGUGUCACAUCCAAGAGCUGAGGACAAAACUGGAAGGCCAAAAGGGUGGUAAUGCUCAGCAUGAAACCGAGAAUGAAAACAACCACAGUAACAUUUGGAAAUGUGUACCAUCUAGCGAUGGUAGAGAUGAGGAUGUCACCGCAGAACUGUGUAUCGAAGGCUUGGGUUUUUGUGCUGAAGGGAGUGAGCUGUUGACUCCACGUUGGAAGGAAACUGUAGAUGUUCUGGCAGAGGUGAUGUGUUUGAUGGAGCGUCUUGAGCUGGACCGGAGAGAUGCAGAGAAGGCCCUGCUGGAGGAGAAGGAGAAAGCCAAGAAACUUGUACAGAAACAAGACAGUCUCGCUCACUGGGAGCAGCAGGAGUUUCCUAUUGCAAUGGAGAAAGAGCGUGACGCCUGCUGCCCAGACAUCGCUGAGCUGACGUGGCGACUGAAAACAAGGAGAGAUCAGCAGCCGCAGGUGAGAGACAGGCUGACCCGCGCGGAGAUGCUGAACCGCCGUCUGAAUGAGGAUAUUGAUUUCAUGAGGGAACACGGGCCGCUUGUGGAGGAGAGACUCCGGACGGAGGAGGAAAUCAUGAAGCACAUCCGAACAACAGAAAGUCAGACCCGCGAGACGCUUACGAAUGUCUCGCAAGAGCUGAAAGAUUUUCAGCUGGAGUUUAAAGAGGAGCAGAUCAGAGCCGACACAGAGAAACACAACACCAACAAAGACAUCCAAACAUUAAAAAAUCAUCUGAGUGACAAACUGAGUGAGUUACACCAGCUGCAGUCACAGUGUGAGAUUUUUCACAGAAGCAUUAAAAAGUCUCAAGAAAAAGUAACAUUGAGAGACAGCCAAAUCAAAGCUGUGCUGCAAGAGAUCCGCCAGUUUGAGAGGCAGCGAGCAAACAGAAAUGAUGCCGUCAUGACAUUAAAAGAAAGAAUAGAGGAUAAAGAAGAGAUAUUCACCACAACAAACAAGCAACUACUACAACUUCAGACGCAAAUACAAACCACCAAAGGUGAAGGUGACGAGAAGGUCUCUGGAUCGAAUGCACUCUUGAGUCAAAAGAGACGGGAUUUAUUGGCCCUGCGAGCUGAAAACGAAGAGCGCACACUGGAAAUAGAAGAUUACAAGAAAAAGAUUCGCCAAAGUGAACACGCUGCGACACGGCUGCAGAAAGACCGUAAACGCUUGAUGCUGAAGAUCAACCUGAACGAGGAGCAGAGAAAAGAGGCCGAAGACGAACUCGAGCGGGUGUCUGACGACCACGCGUGCACCAAAAAUGAGCUGGGCCACCUGGAGCGACUGACGUAUCUGGAGGAGCUCGGGAACAGGAAACAAAUAGAAGUGAUGAGGAUACAGAUAGCGGAUGAAAUGAAGACUUUCGAUAUUCUCAAGGGAGAUAUCGCCACUGCUGCAGCAGAACUGAGUCGCGAACAAACACAGUGUGAGAGAGCGAAGAUCGAGCUACAGAAGAAGUUUGAAGACGCUUCAUCUACAACCGCUCAGCUGGAGGCAAAGGUGGAGAAACUGAGACAGAACUACACUGAGAAAUCACAGACAAUUGAAAGCCUUAAAGCAAAACUAUGUGAUGUGCACGCUGCACAUGAACACCUCUCAGAUGAGUUUGAAAAGAAGAAGGGAGAACACCAGACAUGUCUGAAAUCUGUGAAGGACGUGUCUGGAUGUCUAGAUUUGACAUCUGAGAAGAUGUCAAACAGGAUCAAGGAGCUUCGUCUGAAGUCUGAAGGCUUAAGGAAAGCUUCAGACAUGAUGGAGAAAACCGCCAGCGCUAUGCCAGACAUCAUAGAGGAGCUGAAGAGUCUGUUAGACACCGCAGCAUUCAAACAUGGGACAGCCACAGUGGUGCUGGGUCACUUACGCAAAGACGUGACUUCCUGUGAAGAGAGGAAGUGUCGACGCGUGCAGGUUCACUCUGUUCUGUUUGCUCAGCGCCGGGCCGUCAUGAAGGACAUAGAGGCAAAUCUACAGAAAGCUCUUCAAGACAACCUGGUGUUAGCACAAGAAUAAACGACGCUACAGAAAGCUUUAAUGAUAGCCAGACAAGAGGCCGUGUGUGUUUUUGACCAAAGAAACGCAGCAGACACCUACAUCCAAGACCACGAGCAGCUUUCUUUGUUGCAGAAGAGGAUGCACAAAGCCAUGCUGAAAUACUUCAAACGGCGCAGCGUCUACAGGCAGGCAGAGCUGGCCCGCUUCCAGGCCCUCUCCAACCAGAACACCAAGAAAAUGAAAGCCCUCCAGGAGGAGCUGUCAAACGCAAUCUACCGCCUCUCCGGCUUCCCGCUCGCCCCGACAGACCACUCGACACGACCGGCAGCCGGACAGACGCCCACAGUUCAGAUGUAGUGAAGACACUCACCUGCACCCGACGACUUACUUAAAGUCCCAGCAUGCUUCACUCUCUCCUCCAUCCACCGCUCAUCGCCCAAUCCAUAACAAUGAAACAGGUGACUUUCAUGGUGCUGUCAGGAAUGAUCUAAUUUUAGCGGGGUGAAUGAUUGCAAUUGGCUUUGCCUCAUCAGAUAAUUAAUCUAUGUCACCAUUAAUUGGAAAAGAGAAUAAUUAGGGGGCCGUGUUGACAGAAAUUCUCCGCUUCUCUAGAUUCUGGGAUCUCAUUACACCUACUUAAACUCCUCUGACCUUUAGCAGCGGAUAGUAUACCUGCGUGACCCUAUAACCAGACUGGGGUCGGUCUCCGCCCCACGCGCCGCGCCUCGCUCUCGUCUCUUUUUCUUGCUUGUUUGUGCUUUUCUUCCCUCUCCGCUCAGAGAGCUGUCGUCCUCAAUCACUUUUCAAUAUUCAAUCUUAAUUUUGUGGAAGUUUAGCAUUUUCAAUGAGCUGGAGAUGAAUGAUUAAUGAAUAAAUUUGAAUGCUUCAUUUUGUCCAUGGAUCAUUAGUCAAGUCCUUUGUGGGAAGGACCUGCGAAAAAAAAAGAGGGAAAAUUAUUGAGACAUUAGCCUGAAGCAAUCCAGGGGUAAAUAGUAUGCACAGAGGGAUGUUGUAUGAACGCUACCCACUGGCGUUCCGCGCAACCCCACGGAAACGCAAGCCUUCUAAUUUCCCCCGCUUCACGAGUCUGAUGUGCUCAGGCGACAAAUAGGUUUCAUUUACAAAAAUGAGUUUUCAUUUUGCUCUCGUGGUAUGUGCGUCUUUUGUUUUUCUUGUCUGUGCUUUUAACCCGUGUGCCUCCUUCGGUGAAAUGUAACGCCACCAAAUUAUAUUGAAGUUUGAGUUAAAAUUGACAAGCAGCCAUCAAAAGUGAAUGGGAUGUGUUGAAAAAUUGGGAUUAUGUUUUAGAUAUAUAAAAACAAAUCAAACUUUUACUUCGACCUCUUUACUAAUAAAUGUGACCCUGGACCACAAAACCAGUCAUAAGGGUCCAUUUUUUUUAAAUUGAGAUUUAUACAUCAUCAGCUUUCCAUUGAUGUAUGGUUUGUCUCUCCAGUCGUCAAACCAAAGCUUACUGUGCAUCCCGAAGUCCAGGUUGAAGUGCAGAGGUGACCGCGCCUUUUCAGCUGCUGACCCCCAAAAAUAAAGUUUUGAUAUAUUUGCGGUAAAAUAUUUUACUAAAUGCCUUCACGGAACAUGAUCUUUACUUAACAUCCUAAUGAUUUUUAGCAUAAAGGAAAAACCGAUCAUUUUGACCCACACAAUGUAUUGUUGCAGGCUAUUGCUACAAAUGAAGAGUUUGGUUCCAAAAUGAGAUAACUCCAUUUUUAAAAUUUCCCCAAAAUCAUGUUUUUAUUAAGUUAUCAUGUUUUUAUUGUGUUUUGUUGUGUUAGUAUUUUUUGAGUUAUUACGGCUUGAAUCAAAACAAACCAACUGCAGUUUGAUUGAUAUUAAUUGGAAAGCCCAAUACAAAAACAUCAAGUUAUCUCAUUUUCAAUCCAAUCUCAUUCAAAUAUACUACUACUACCUGCUAGUCAUGACUGGUUGUGUGGUUGAGGAUCACACGUCACAUUACAUGCUCCGAAACAUACAGAUGUUCAAUUAAAAACCAAAUAGAGAUUUACAAUCUAAUAUCAUUAAAGUUUCACACUUUUCAUAUGUAAUUGUGUUGUUUUGCAAUCUGAGGACACAACCCUAUAACCACAUGAACAAUCAUAAAAGAAUUCAACGUUUACAGUCUCUCAGGAUCCAUAACACGGCAGUUCAAAAACAACAUGUGAUUCGUAAUGAGAAGAUGCUUUUCUGCAAAGAACAAGUGAAGCAUCGUCUGGUUUUCAAGAGGCUUUACCUGUGAAAUGCAGACAGCUUUUGGCUAAACUGCAGAUGUGGAAGUGAAGUAUAUUCCCUGCGAAGUCUUACAAGAUUCAUUUGACAUGAACGAAUGGGUUUGUAGUUGACUCGUUCCCAUGACAGAAGCAGAAGUUUUAUAGCAGAGAGAAGUUUCUGAGAGACAUUCCACUACUGCACAAACUCACAGCGACAGGCAGCGAGAUUAUUACUGAAGGUCUCAGCGUUCGUCGUCUCCACAAGUGAAUAACGCGUGAUAAGUACAACAGCGCCUAACUAGUCCUCCAGAUUUAUGAAGACAGCAGACGGCUUUAAACUCUUCAAAAUAAAGGUAUAGUUCCCUAAAGACGCUUCAACAACCACACAACCUUUCUGAUGCACAAAUGGUUCUUUGUAAUGGCAAAAUAAACCAUAAAGAUGAACCUGGUUUUAGCACCUAUUGGGAUUUUUAUUAAUAAUAAAUAUGAUUAUUUAUUGAACAUUGUCUUUAUCAUACUGUUGUUGUUUCCAUUACAGUAAAGCUAAGCCACCUGAGGCCACGUGUUACACUGAUUUACCAUAGUGUACCAUGGUAAAGUACUGUAUGUAUGUCAUUUCUUUGCCAUUAGCACCAAACAGAAUUAAAAAAUAAUGAUUCAUCCUCUCCUUUAUCUUCCGUUACACAAACUCACAUCAUCGGUUAAAUCAGUGCCCAAUGAUACAACCACACAAAAAAGUGUUGGUAUAGAAACGAUACGCUUCAAGGGUUUAACACUUCGUGUUGUGUCGAACAACCCCCUUGCAUGGCUUUAGUCUAAACCGUCUCAGCCACAAGCACUUUAAAAUAAUAAACAUCAAUAUAUUACACGUGUGUAUUGUUGUGUUUUAUAGCAGGCACUCUCCAACCGUACAGCAAACUUUCCAGGCACCCCGGACGCCUCGGUCACGUUUUGAAGGAUGGAUUGUCUCUGUGCCAUCUCUUCCAGGUCGGGCAGCCAUAUUUUAAACGAGAACACUUCCCAAACACAUUCGUCUGCUCUCGCAGCCUCCAAUCAAUCGUCUGAAAUAAAUGACACGGGGCCAGGAAACACCACUGCCAUUAAUUUCAACAGAAACAUGCAUCACAGCUUACAGUGGGUUAGAUGCCACCAGACGACUCUAUUACGCACACGCCUGCACGGAUGCUGCAUUGCACGCUCGCUUUUGUGUUUCAGAGUGAGGUCACAGUCAAAAACCUUUCAUCAUUAUAUAUUAUAAUAUACAUAUUAUAUAACUCUCAUGUCAUUCUGAACCUGUAAGACACAAAAGAAGAUCUUUUGAAGAAUGUUGGUAACCAGAAAACGUUGCCCUCCAUUGACUUCCACUGUAUGAACAUUUCACCAUUGUCUUCUAUUUGAAAGAGUCAUACACAGGUUUUGAACCACAAGGGGGAAUAAAUUAUGAACACAUUUUUAUUUCCUUUGGGAAAAAUUUAAAUAGGAACAAAGUAUAAAACUGUGAUGUGAAAAAUGAUCAAUACGCCCUUUUCACAUGACGUCACGCAUCUUCCGCUCUGCCGCGAAGCAGUGUCUCAUUACUUCCGCUAGCACUCCAGUUCAUAAGGUGGCGGUAAUGCACCUAUGAGCUGAUUUGCCAACCGCCAGUAAAACCCAAGAAGAAGAAGUUACUUCCGCUCGCGCCUCAGAAUGGAGUUUACCAAGUCCCUUGCACAUCUGCCACAAAUACGUCUACAUGAUGUACAACGUCUUGCAGACAAAUUUUUUCGCUAACAACAAGAUCAAAGCUAGAGAAAGGAUACAAAUUCUUCGUUGAACAGUACCUGUUUGAUUAUGAAGGUACGUGUUUUGUUUUCUUUUUGUGUUAGCGAAGGUGCUAGGAUAAGUCCUUGAAUACGUGUUCUGUCAGUUUUUUUUCUCACUGUUGUUAAAUUCCAGCGCGACGGCAAAACGGAAGUUCUUCUCCUUCUUCUUCUUCUUCUUCUUGUUUGUUGCAAGACAUAUGUUAUGAUACACUGCUUUGCAAAAAGGCGGAAGUUAAGUGACGUCAUUGUGAAAAGGGCGUAUUAGUCAUUGCACUGUACUUAUAAAACAAUUGAAACUAUUUCAACUUUUUCUUAUGUUACAGCAACUCAUCACUAGUCAAGAUUUAAAUGAAUAAAUUGAAACGACAGCCAAUUGAAUUACAGAAUGCUUCAAUUUGAAGGCAAACACAAUUUGUGUACAGUGUCGUGUUUACAGCACGGUUCGGAUCAUUUGGAGAGAAUUGUUUGAGUUCAAUCUAUCUAAUGGCUAUCUUGGCAAAUCUGGAAACAGUCUGAGAUAUUGUUGAGAUCUUUAAUGCAAAAGUCGGACUCAAUUCUCCAUUUCCACUGCAUUUGAUGAUUCUAAAGAAUCAGUGAAUCAUCUAAACAAAUCACUUAAAACACGAGCAUGUAAAUGCUUCGUUCACUCAUCUAGCCAAAUAAAAAACAUAGCAAUUCAAAGCAUUUCCCUAAACUAUCAGACUCAAAUAAUAUUCUGAGAUUGAAUUCUUCUGUUCAAAUAUUAAGUUUGCCCCUCAUAAAGGCAAGAAACACAUAAUUACCAGAAACACACUUAGAAACUCUCAGACGUCAUGCUGAAACACGUUGACAACCCUUGAAAUGUGUACAGAUGCCGACGAGCGCGCGGGUGUGUUUAAUUGGAAAAAAAGCACCUGAAAUGUAGAAAAAAGGAAAACACGAAAUUAGGCCGAUAAACAAAUUCGUCAUGAAAAUAAUAUAUGUUCUCUUUGUCUCCACACUUCUCUGCCUCCCACACAUUCAUCUUAACAGGAUAAUAAUUUGUGAAAGUCUUUGACAUUUGUGGCUAGCUAGCAUGGUAAUAAACCUCUGGCUCGGAACGUUUUUUAGUUAAUUAGAGUCAAUCAAUCCAAACUUUUGCUCACUUACCGGUGUGAAACAGCGAUAUAAUGAGCAGAAAUCAGCACAGUGAUUGGAAAUACAAAUUACAGCUGUUUAAAGGAAACCACACAGUCUACUACGCGGCCAGCGAUGCACGAGCCUACUGGGGACAUCUUGAAGGGUUUGGUGCCAAUUCGAUGGGUGCAGUAAGGGGGAAAGAUAUGAAAUGGAGAUGAACGGAAAGAGAGAGAGAGAGAAAGCAAUGCGGGAUGUGAAGGACGGAUUCAGUCAGAUCACCCUGCCGGCAAUUAAGCACCAGUUACGUUUGACAAAAUCUCUUUAUUAAUACUUACACUGUGACAAUAAAAGCAAAGCGCAGAAGAGAAACGGAGGCCUGACGGGAGCGUGGACGCUUGUGUACUUUUUGUUUGACUUAUUUGAACAGUGGUGGUCACAAUAUGGGAUUUACAACAGAUUUCAUUCCGCUAUAAAGAAAAUGAUCAGUGUGGGAGACAAAUAAUAAUCAUAAAAAUAGACUUAUUUACACUGUUAAGAAAGUGUCAGGGCAAAUAUGGACGACGAACCCAAUGAAUGAUUCAAAUUAACCUACAAUUUUAAGGUUUUAAUUUUACUCAAAGGUUAGGCUUUGUUCAUAUUUGAUCCAACCCAGCAUACAUAUUUAUUCAUUUAUUUAUUAUAUAGAUUAUAUAAAGGAAAAACGCACGGUCCUGUUCAGUUUUACAAUUACAAACACACACACCAAAUAUGAAUUUAGAAUUUCAAUGAUUAAAUCUAUACGCUAUAAAUAUUAACUAGAAAAUAGAUCUAAACUAUGAACUACCGCCGUAUGGAUUUCCAUGUUUACUUUUUGGAUUUUCAUUUCGAUUUUCAAAUGAUUUUCUCUUUUUUACUCUUUCUCUCUCUCUCUCUCUCUCUCUAUAUAAAUAAAUGAAAAACUAAUUUAGCUCUGUAUACUGCGGUGGGCUAUAUGAGAGCAGUUUUAUUGCACUUAUGCUUUUUGUUGUCCUUGUGUUGUGCCAAUUGCUUCCAUUGUUUCCUUCAUCUGUAAGUCGCUUUGGAUAAAAGCGUCUGCUAAAUGACUCAAUGUAAAUGAAAUGAAAUUGUGGUAUUAAAAAUGUGGUAUCACAACCUAUGAUGUAAUAUUUGUGAUGGGCGUUUUAGCAGAGCGAUUUAGUUGAAUGAGACUUUUAUAGGUACUUACUAUAUAACAUGUCUGCAAACAAACACAAAAAGCAAUAACAUUUGCCAUACAUGUACAGUAUGGUGAAAAUUCUAUACAG